UCAUCAAGAAAUUUAAUAAAACUUGAUGGCUAUGGCUAUGGCUUUUACCUGUUCUUGGAGCCUUCUUCUCCCUAAUUAUUCAAAACCCAUUUUUCACUACGUAGGGAAAAGAGGUGAAGCCUUGUCCUUCCGUACAUUACAUCGAAAUAAAUCUAAGCAUGAAUCAAACCUUGUAAAGUUUAAUAAAAUGUUAAAGCAUCAAGAUGACAGGAGUUUGCAUUUUCUGUCGAGAACCACCAUUCCCAAGGCUGCUUCCGACAAUGGCGACAACCUUGUGUUCGAAGAACCGAUUAUCCGACAAACCAAGGAUCAUCCUGCAAGUUUCUGGAAUGAUGCUUUGUUUUCUGCCCCAAAUCAGGUAGACGAAACACAUACCAAAGCUGUCAUUGAAACACUGAAGGAGAAGGUGAGGAGAAUGGUGAUGAACAAGGAAAGUAAAGCAAAGGAUAAGAUGAUUCUCAUCGACACAAUAGAGCGAUUAGGAUUGGCCUAUCACUUUGAGAAAGAGAUCGACCACCAGAUCGCACAGAUCUUCGAAUCUGAGAUGCAAAAUGAGGAUGAUAAAGACAGCGACCUUUUUUCGACUGCUCUGCAUUUUCGAUUGUUCAGACAACAUGGCUAUAAUGCUCCUAGCAGCGUCUUCAAUAAAUUUACAAAUGGCGACGGAACUUUCAAGGAAGCCUUUUCGAAUGACAUCAAGGGUUUGCUGAGCUUGUAUGAAGCAACAUAUCUAAGGUUUCCGGGAGAAGACAUCUUAAAAAAUGCCAAUGUCUUCGCAACCCGUAGUCUAAACCAAGCCUUGCCUCUAUUGGAAUCCCCUCUUAAAGAGAAAGUAGCCCGAGCUCUAUUCCAACCGGUUCAAUGGGGUGUUCCUAGAGUCGAAGCUCAUUAUUACAUCUCAUUCUACGCGAAAGAAGUAUCCAAGGAUGAGUUGCUCUUAAAGCUAGCUAAAUUAGAUUUCAACUUGUUACAGAAUCUAUAUAGAGAAGAGCUCUGUGAAUUCAUGAAGUGGUCGAAAGGCUUGGAUCUCAAGUCGAAAUUUCCAUAUGCAAGAGAUUGGUCAGUGGAAAUGUAUUUUUGGGUUGUGGCACUCAAUUUUGAACCUCGAUACUCACUUCUACGGUCACUUGUGGUAAAGAACAUAAUCCUAUGUGUACUCAUAGAUGAUACGUUUGACAGUUAUGCGACACUUGAAGAAGCAAAAACCUUCGUGGAGGUUCUCCAAGAACGGUGGGAUAUCAAAAAUAUCGACAGACUUCCACCUUAUAUGCAGAUUAUUUACAAACUUGUCUUGAGUACAUACGAAGAGUUUGAUCAAGAAAUGUCCAAACAAGGCAGAAGUUUCGCAGUUUCUUAUGCAAUAGAACAACUAAAAAUGCUUACUAGGAGUUACUUUACAACAGCCAAGUGGUAUAUGGGACGUGAGACGCCAACAUUUAAAGAGAGUAUUUCCAUUACAUACGUAGACACUGGAGUCCCGGCCCUAUUGUCAUUUUGCAUGAUGGGCAUGGAAUUCGCCUCAAAGGAAGCAUUCGAAUGGCUCAUGACAAGGCCUAAAUUUUUGGAGGCCACCGGUCUAUACAUUCGAUUUAGUAAUGAUAGAGGCAGCUAUAAACGCGAACACAAUAGAAGUGGAUUUCCAAGUACAUCAAUUGAUUGCUACAUAAAAGAUUAUGGUGCAUCGGAAGAAGAAGCAAUGACUAAGUUUCGCGAACUAUCUGAGAAUGCAUGGAUGGAAAUGAAUAGGGAAUGGAUUACUACAAAGGCGGAGCCGAGGGAAUAUUUAAAUAUUUCACUUAACUAUGCACGGGCCGUAUUCAUCAGUUACAAUCAAGGCACAGAUGCGAUUACAUAUUCGGAAACAGGGCUGAGGAAAGACAUAGAAGCAGUCCUGUUCAAUCCCAUAGCAAUUGAUUCAACAGCUUGAAGAAAAUCGAUUCACGAAAUUAUCACAAACCUGGAAAUAUCAAGACCAUACAUUUGUUUCUUUUAUGACACUUUCUACUGCAAUGGUGGCGCCACAUAGGGGCUUGGGGUGUCUCAAACGCCCAAACCUCCGUCCUACUGUUACAUUGAUUGUAUUGUUAUUUAUAUGAACUAUUUGUUCGGUCGGAUUCGGUCAAUUUUUACAAACGCAGUAUUUGAUUUUACAUCAA